AUGAAUGUUACAGACAGAGGAUAUUAUACGUCUACAUACUUGGACACUGUCAAUCGCCCUAAGGGUGGCCGACGAAUACCAUCUGACCUGAGAUCAAAACGUGCCGAUAUUAGCCAAGGAGAGCCUCCUAUUCCCCAUUCUCAACCGGCGCCCCGAAUUCCUCAAACCGCCGUAAUGCCACUGCCUUCCACAGCCAUGUCCAAUUUCGAAGGCCCUAAUGUGAUGCCCCUUUCUCCUGAAGAGACCCAAUUUACUGGUUUUAAUGAUUCUGUUGAUACGCAACCAGUGGCAUUUGAUCCAGAUCAAUUGCAUGAAGAGUUGACGCCGGCUCAGUUGAAUGUGUUACAAAGGCAAGGACCUCCAGCUCACCGCAGACGUCGUCGUCGACCCAGAAGCUACUACGAAGACGACGGUUAUGAUGAUGAUGAUAGUUACUAUAAUGAUUCAGCCUACCAUGACUACUACUACCAAGACCACCGUGUGAGGGUGCCACAGGCCGGUGCCAGGCGACCUCGACAACAAAAGUCUCUGUUCUCUAAAAAGAAAGGAGACGACUAUUAUAUUGCCCAGAAGAAACGAUACGAUGAAGCAGAGUUCUACAAGCCCAAAAAUUACACCCACAAGACGUUUCGAGAUGUAUUUACUGACGCUGAUGAAGAACUGCAAAAGUAUAAUCCUAUGGAGUUUGUGUUUGAUGAUCCAGAGAAGCUCAGAGAACAGGAACAGAACCAGAAAAUCAAGAAGGCUUUUAAGACUAUACAGAUGAGGUUGGGCAAAGACGAUUAUGCCAACUAUGACUAUUACGACAACAAAAAGACCCUGACAGUUACCAAUGACAUCUUUGUUACCAACAAUGAUAGUGACGGUUCUGAUGAUGAAGAAAAUAAGUUAGAAGACAUUAUUGGUGAAGGCGAGGAAGGAAGAGAUGCCAAAGAGAGAGCCAAGAAGAAACGAAAUCUUAAGAAGUUAUGGAAAUCCACCACCAAAAAUCUCAAGAAGGAGUUGGGUAGAGACUAUUUCAACAACAUGGAAAAACAGUGGGUUUUGGAAGAAGAGGCUAAGAAACGAAAAGAUAUUGAGCAAAUUGCUAAAGCACAAGCUGCCCAAGAACUUCUUGAUCAGCUGGUCAACGAACCGAUUAUCACAGAACCAGAUGAUCAUACCAAAUCAGGGGCUAAUUUCUAUGCUGGUCCCAAACCUGAUUUCCACCCCAUGUGGAAUUAUAUCUUGUCAUGGGUAGCAUACCAGCAACCUGCAGUACCAGAUGCAACUGGUAAAGCCCAAGCUACGGCUGCAGCGUCUUUGAAACAGAUUGAAGAACCUCCCCACACUGAAGUGAAGACUUUGAUUAAACCGGCUAAACCAAAAUCUCAACCCAAAUCAAAACCUGCUAAGAAGGGUAACAAUCCCGAUAGAAUCAAGGUUACUAAGGAACAAUUUAAGAAUUUUAACAAGAAUAUGAGCAAGCUCAAAAAUAUGUGGAAUCUACCUGCUUCCAAUAUAUUUGUUGGUGAAGCUGGUGGUGGUAAUGAUGGGGGAAGCAUGAAAUAUAUUCAAAUGGAUUCAGCUACUUUCAACGAAUCUUUACCACAAUCUUCAGCAUUCAAUAUGCCAUUUGAUGGGAAUUCUCAAGAGUUUGUAAUUGAGCUCGAAGGUGAUGAACAGACCAUGGCUGAAGAAUUGUACUUCAAUCCUCAAACCGGUCAACUUGAACGUCAACCUCCUACCUCAUUCUCAUCGUUGGAAUUCUCAGAAAGAUCCUUGAACAAAGGCUCAAAUUUUGCCAAUAAUAGAGCAUUGAUUGAUACUACCAGAGGAGCUACUACAAUCAUAUCAAACAUUAACUCUUUGAUCAAAAGCAUAAAGUUGAUGAAGAUAAUAUUUGCACCCAUUGAUGUAAUUGCCGAGUCGUUCCCUAAUUUACAGACCGUUGUUAUUAUGGUGGAGUUGAUAAUAUUCAUGUGGAUCUUAUACGAGUUGAGUCUCUUGAUUGAUGCUUUGUGUAUGAUGGUAAAAGCGGUUUGUGCACCCAUGAUAGCUAUGGGAAGAUUUAUGAACCGGAUCAUGUAG